AUGGACCACGAUCACCAUGGAAAUAGAGCUACUAAUAACGAACACGAGGAAGACCAGCGGGAUGCGAUGGAAGUGGACGGAACACUUGAUGUGGCACCCCCAGACCGAUCCACACGCGAGCCACCCGCGUUCGACGAGAACACCGAGAGGCCAAGACAGCGCAGGCGAUACCACGUAACAGUACAAGACGAGAUCCGCGACGGACCAUCAGCCGAUAACGGUAACGGUGACGCUGCCGGUGACGAUGUCGAGGUACUUGAGGCCGCCCCGCCCCGUAUGAGCGAGUUGUCAAUCGACACACCUACCACUACCACCCCCCCUGGCGAGCCCACUACAGUCACCAUGCGCGAUCCAGAACCUGCCUCGCCUCGCAUUUCCACCAUCCCUUUGCCUGAGGUCCCUCCUCCACCACAGCCACCACUUAAUCCGGUUAUGGAAGCUGCUAGACGACUGACUACUUCCCCCGAUGCGACCAAUGACCAGAUGCAAGCUGACCUUGCUUUGCUUGCUCCUUAUAUUGCUGCCCAGGCCAUGGCUGCUGCCUUUCCUGCUGCCGGUCGACCACCCGGAGGUCCCACCCAGGGGAACGCCCCACCACAGCCCAAUGCUCAAGCCCAAGAAGGACAGGCGCAAGGUGGCCAGAAUAAUAAUACGAACAACGGAUUGCCACCUUUGCCCCCUUUCUUCUUUGGUCUCCCUCCGUUCAUGUUUGGCGGCAACUCGGAAGCCCCGGCUGACCCCAAACGCGCGGAGCGCCUCGCAAACGGCCUGAAGGUCGUCGAAGAUGGAUUGUUGAAGCGCUGGAAGGCAGUAUGCGGGGAACAAGGCGCCGUGUGUGCAGUUUGCUACAGCGAACUGCUCGAAGAGCCUGGGAUCGAGAGCGAAAAGGAAAAGGAGCAACUCAAGGAGCAUUCCGACGAAAAGGUCUCCGAGGUAGAACCAAACCAAGACACAGACGAGCACCAGCGCGAUUUGCUCGAAGCCGUCAAGCGCCGUGAGGAAAUGGAGAAACUUGAGGAACAGGAAAAGGCCCGCAAGCUCGAGACCGCGGUCCUUGCUUUCCCCUGCGGACAUGUGUUCCACCGCACGUGCUUAUUGCCUUGGUUGUCACGCCAUACGACUUGCCCCACUUGUCGAUUCGAUAUUGAUCCCAAGAGCGAUACCCUUGUGCUCCCGGCCGAAGACGAGCUCCCGCCGUUUAUGGGUGGCCCGGGUGGUCUUAAUUUCGGGGACUACUUUACUGUCGGCCCCGUCCUUCGUGUUCCACGCUCUCAUAUUCCGGGCUUUGGGCCAGGUCGCGGGAGGUCGGCCGGGGCUGGCAAUCGGCCCGGAGCCCCACCACCAGCUAACCGCUCUGGCGAUACGGAGCAAAGCACUCGACCCGAAGGUGAAGAACAAGGAAACAGACCCGAGGGCGAAGAACAAGGAAACCGAUCCGAAGGAAAUGCUCCUGAAGGAGACCGAGCGGCUGAAGGGGGAAACAACGGGAACGCUACUCCUACAUCUGCCCGCUCCGUAGCUGAGCUCUUUGAUGCGCUUUUGGGGUCGAUUUUGGCCGCUCAUGCAGGUGCAGGUGGGCCUCCGAGGCCGCCCAGGCAGGAGCGGGAGGGUGCUCCAAGGCAGGAUGAACCGAACCAAGGGCAGGACGCAACCCAGUCGAGUCGAGAGGAAGUUGCUCCCGAUACGUCUGCGCCGGUAUCGCCCACGGCAGACUCCAUAGAUUCAUCCGUGCCUGAUCUGAUUCCCAUCGCGUCACCAAGUCAAGAAACAUCUCAGCCAACCUCAUCCUCAGCUACAUCGACCUCGACCUCGACUCCCCACUCGGAAAUCCAGGCCCGUACGCUCGACUAUGAUCGUCCAAUGGCCAUGUUUGGUCGUCCAACCCCGCGCCGACCGCCCCAGGCAAUCACGCCCGCAUGGAUGCGCCAGCCUCGACCUGCAAACGCCCCCGCACUCCGUGUGGUGCCCAAUGAUGUUUCGUCGGCACCGAGCCCGAGGGCCGUGAGCUCUCCCACUGCUUCGACCCCUGGUGGUUCGCCGCCUGCGAGGUCUGUGUCAGGAUCUGGAGUUGGGUCUGGGUCUGGGUCUGGGUCAGACACUGUGCAAGCGUCAUCUGGAUCAGGUUCAGCGCAAAGAUCUUCUGAAUCUGGAUCGAGCACUACGCAGCCAAGACAUACAUCGACGACUACGUCUCCUAUCGCCGGAUUCGGUCAACUUCGCGCCAUCGUUUCCAACUUGAUUCCUCGCCGGCUGAGCACUUCGCGUUCUCCGUCCGCUCGUGCUUCGAACGCUCCUUCCGAUCGAAGCAACGCGAGCACCGAGUCUGUUGCUCGUGGAGCUACGAGUCCAACUUCGCCUCGCGGUCGGGCCUCUCGAGGCGUGACGAGCCCCACAUCACCUCGCGGCGUAACCAGCCCGAUCUUCUCUCCUCGUGAAGGCGGGCUCCGGGCAAUGCUACACGGUCCCGCUGCUUUGCUUCGAGACUUGACGACCCCCUCGUCGGUUCGCCGCACGACCAAUCCUGGCACGAACGAUAUGCCCAGCCUCGAGAGCGAUAGUGAGACGUUUUCGGAAGACGAUGCGAAUCAGUCGGAUGAAGAGUCCGAGCCCGAUGAUUUGCCUGCUCUGGAACCGAUUGAUGAGCGAACCAGGGCGGGAAGGAGGGCUCCUCCUGAGCCUGAACCCGCUGCUGCUGCUACGCCUGCGUCCGAACCUGCUCCGGCCCCUACCUCUGCUUCUGCUCCUCAGCAACCUCCGCGUCAGGAUAACCAUCCUGCAGACAAUAUUAUCACGCUUCGUAUUGAUUUGGGGCAUGCAGACGGAAGGGACGAGACUAUUAUUGUUCCGCUGUUAUUUAACCCCCACGGACGGCCUGGCAAUAACAAUACCGAGCAGAACCAAAAUCAGGGCCAGACUCGCCCCGCUCAAGAACCACGCCGUGCUCGGACCCCACCUCCACUCAAGAAAUGGACGCCUCCCGAACCGAUCAAGACGUUCCGCCAAGUCGUCGAAGAGAAAGAGCGCGAGGCCGGAUGGAGGUGCGACGACCCCGCUUGUCUGCUGGGUCCAGCCGACGACGAAGAACCGACCGACUCGCCGACGAUCAAGCCCACGUACUCGAUCAUGCGUCCGAUCGGCCCGGACACGGAGCCGGUACGAUACAAGGCCGAAGACGGGAUCCGGGUGUAUGCGGGUGGCGACGAUGUGCGCGUCAAGGGCGAAAACCCGGUGUGUGCGCACAUGCUUCAUCCCGAAUGUCUUGUCACCAGCGCGCGUGUGAACGGGUAUGGGCCCGAACAUGGCAAUGAUGCCAAGCGUGUUGCAUUGAGGUGUCCGGUCUGUCGGUUGGAAGGAGCGGUUGAAAGGCAUGUGUGGGAUGCGGGCGUUCAAGCCGACGAAUGA